AUGACCACACCUCAAACCUGUCCUCAACUAACCAUCAAUCUAGAGAGGAACGUUCCUCAACUAACCAUCAAUCUAGAGAGGAACGUUCCUCAACUAACCAUCAAUCUAGAGAGGAACGUUCCUCAACUAACCAUCAAUCUAGAGAGGAACGUUCCUCAACUAACCAUCAAUCUAGAGAGGAACGUACCUCAACUAACCAUCAAUCUAGAGAGGAACCAAUCUGAAGAAGACUACACUUCUGACCUUUCCCUGAAUAAACAUAAGUCUGAAAAGAACAAAGCCACAAAGCUGUCCUGUAAUGAACAUAAAUCUGGAGAGAAACCCCAUGCAAACUUGAACACCCAGGAGGAUCUAUUUCAAAAUGACCACACCUUAAACCCGUCCUUUCCUAAACACCAAUCUCGAGAUGACGACAUCUUAAUGUUGUCUGCUCCUGAACACCAAUCUGAGGAGGAUCAUGCAUCAAAUCUGCCAUGUCCUAGACAUCAAUCAGAGCAGAACCUCCUACCACAUUUAAAGUGUGACUACUCUGAAAAGACUUUCAGAAAUCAGCGCUACCACAAAGUGCACACUGUCUACACAGAAGACGCUUUUAACUGCACAUCAUGUGGGAAGCUUUUCUCUGCGAAAUGCAGCAAGAUGGCCCACAUAAGUUCUGAGCAUGAAUGUGGGAAAAGGUUCACAACAGCUAAAGCGAGAGCAGAGCAUCAAUCUAGUCCUGAUGGAAACAAACAGUUGAACUGCCCAAGCUGUGACAAAUCCUUCCAAGACAAGCGCGUGCUGAGUGCACACAUCCUAACUGAACACCGGGGGAUUCAACCCUUUGUUUGUGAGGUCUGCGGUAAAAGAUUUAAGCUGAAGAGUGGACUUAGCUCCCAUCAGCGGAUUCACUCAGGAGAGCGGCCAUAUUGCUGCGAGGAAUGCGGUAGGACCUUCAUUACCAAGAGCACCUUAAACGUCCAUUGGCGAGUUCACACGGGUGAGAAGGCGUAUAGCUGUGAAACGUGUGGCAGGAAGUUUAGCCUAGCAGCUUGUCUGGCCAGACAUCAGCAGAGCCACAGGGAUUUUAAAUCUUUCUCCUGUGACGUUUGCAAGAAGACUUUCGCCCAGGCCGACCACUUGCGCAUUCAUCAACGUGAACAUGAGGGCAAGAAAACACAUGCCUGUGAUGCCUGCGGGAAAAGUUUCAAUAAAAUCUUGGCUCUCAGGUUGCAUGAGAAGAUUCACUUAAACAAGCGGCCGUUUCCGUGCUCCGUGUGCGGCAAGUCAUUCGGCUCGGAAGCCUAUCUAAGAAGGCAUCAGCAGAUCCAUUUAGGAGUGAAUUUGCACCGCUGUGACGAGUGCGGCAGGAGUUUCAUCACAGCAAGCCAUCUCCGCUCACACCUGCAGGUCCAUCCACACUUGAGGUCCUUCACCUGCACAGAGUGCGGGCAGAACUGCAGCACCCUGGUCGAUCUUGGGCGCCAUCGACGAAUUCAUACGGAGAACGGCUUCUGCUGCGAGGUGUGUGAGAAGCAGUUUGCGACAAGGAAAAGCUUGUUCUCGCACCAGCGCACGCACAGCGGCGAGAAGCCGUACUCCUGCAGCGUCUGCGGGAAGAGUUUCGCGCACUUAUCCAGUGUUCUCAGACAUGCCGGUAUACACACUGAAGAGAAACCCUUCAAAUGUCAGGAGUGUGGGAAGUGCUUCCGUGUCGAGUUUAGUCUCCGAGCUCACACACAGACGCAUUUAAAGAAGAAAGAGCACACGUGUCCUGAAUGUGGAAGAAGUUUCUUAGGAAUGAAAACUUUACUGAGACACAAGUGUGCAAAGAGGCAACGGGAGAAGAAGCCACAAAAAAGAAGUGCCAAAAGCAAGAAAGAACAAAAUGUCUCUGUGGACAGGGUUUAA